UAGACCAAUAUCGUUUAAACUAACGAAUGAGGAGGUGAUUUUGUGUCACGUGCUUAUUUUAAACGAAAUGCGGCAUAUUGUGUCCACAUUGUUUUGAAGAAAGAAGCAUUAACUUUGAACAAAAUAGUCAUUUUAUUAAAAUUACUUAUAAAAAAAAUCAACCGGCUUAAGAAAUACUUUAACGAUACGUUUAUCAAGGACAUACCUUAAUAAUAUUGGUGGAUACUGGCGAAGGUAUUAGUACUGCCCCUGCUUCUAGGUGUAAACGUUAACUGUGUUCGCUUGUGUAACAUGUAACUUUGGGAGUCUUUCUUUAUUUUUGCACAUUUUUCUUUGUCUCGGCUGUUACUUGUAUCUGUUAUUUGUCGGCAAAGUCUUCGUUACCAAGUAUUACAACCGCGUGCCUCUGCAGUGAAGCUCUUAGACGUACAACGUUAUUGGGGACUGCUGUACUGGGUUUCAGCUACAGGGUUCGGGAACUGCCAGUUAGGCAAAUCUAUGAUGAACAGAACAGACUCUGAAUUACCCCUUCUUUCCGAGGAGAAAUUUGAUUUUGAUCUUCCAUUAUCUCCAUUAAGUGGGAAAGAAGAUAACGAAGAUGAGGAUGAUGAAGUUUUUGUUGGACCUGUAGGUCAUAAGGAAAAAUGUGUGUCUGUCAACAUUGAGAUGCAAGCUGAAUUGCAUAGUGAGCCACACACAGAGUCUCCUGUUGAGCAACUGAUAAACUGGAGUCCUUUGACUGGGGACAAGUUUGUUGAGAUUUUUAAGGAGGCUCAUUUGCUUGUGAAACAGUUUGAAAAAAUUGCAGACAACAGUGAUGAAGCAUCAAAAGAAAAUAUACCCAUUCGAAACAAAAAUGCUGAACAAUUUGUUGAAGAUUCUGAUUCCAAACUUAAUGUGUUUCAGAAUGUAAAAGGAACUGUUGUUAGCCCAAUAAAACGGGAAACUUUCUGUGUCCAAGAUAGUCCUUUUAGAAUACUCCCACCAGCGGUCCAACAACACCUCAAGAACUCCACUGGCACUUCAAGUCCUUUGAAAAUGCACAAUGGUACUGUUAGUCCUUCUCGAAAAAAUAUGAGAUGCAGUUUAACAAAGAAGAGUAAAAAAGAUCCUUGCUUUUCAUAUACAAAGCAAAUUCUCCCAAGCAAAAUGAUUCCACUCAAAGCAACCAAGGAAAUUACUAAAGCUGGGCAACUGCCAAUAGCAAAGUCUAAAGGUCAAAAGAGUUUCAGUCCUGCAAGAAGACAAAGGAACAGCAGUGAUCAUUCAUCUGAUAACAUUAGCAUUGCUUCUGAUGUCAGUGACUCCUCCCAAAACAGUAGCUUUUUGGGAAAAGUUACAUCCAACUCCAGCAAGAUUGGUUUAAAAUCCACUGCACUGAAAGUCCCAUCCUUGCAGAGGAGAAGCACUGGAGUUGUUGGUCAAAAGUCAUCUUCGUCUUCCUCUUCUGUAUCCAGUAUAAAUUCAAGUAUGAACUCCAGUCUUUCUGUUUCCCCAUUGGGCAAAAGUAAAAUGAACAUCUCAUUAAAUUCGUCUCUUAGUAAACCAAAGGUGAAACUGUCUGGUACUGGAAACAAACUUGUAUCAUCAUUAGCUGCUGGUGCAAAAUUAUCAUCAUCUCACAUAAAAAGUACAGCUGUGUCAAAAGUGGUAAAGUCUGCAAGCGCUAGCAAACUAAAUAGUCCCAUGAGGAAGCAAGGGGCAACUAUUCCACAUACUCCAUUGGAUAAAGGAUUGCAAAGGCUGAGCUCGGUACCGAAUUUGUCAUGCUCAUCACAGAAGAGUAAAGCUGGAAGUACUGCUAAGAUAGAUGUAUGUAAAAAGCCAAAGGCAUUGGUUGCCCCUACACCCACUGGUCAACGGAAACUUCCUGGACAAUCAGAGAUUACACCAUUUGAAAAAACUCAACAGAUUUUGCAACCUAAAAGGCUGCUGUCACAUAGCAUUGUUCCAAGUGACCUGCCGACAGGUGCUGGAAAUAUUAUGGAAAGUACAGCUCUACAGACCCCAAAACAUUCCAGUAAACGCUUGUCCUUGAUAUCGCGUGUAAGGCAUACUUCUGCAUUGCCUACACCUGUGAGCAGAAGAGCCUCUGGAAUCCCAGCAAUAACCCCACGGUCACUUCAGAGAACAGUGGCAUCUUCUGCUCAGUUAUCUGAAAUUGUAAAGUCUCCACUGUCAGCAAGAAAGCAAAAGUUAUCAAGCUCCCAACAAGAAGAUGAAAGUCAGCUUGAAGUUCAGAGUGAUUCUAAUCUGCAGCCUGCCAGUGAUCACUGUUUUCCUUGUUCUCUGAAUUUCUCUUCAGAAGACGAAAAGAGUGAUGCAUGUGAAAAAAACUCCAAGGUCCAAUCUGAGGUUGCACCAUUGCUUGAUAAUGGUGCUCUUCCUAAUACAGUUGUUCAGCAUGAAAAGCAAGAGGUUUUGUUGAUUGAUAUUGAAGUGGAGUCAAAGCCACAAGUCUCUCAGACUGAAGAUGUUCCACUCAUAGAUCUCUCAAAUUCACCUGCUGAAGUACAGUUAAUUGACUUGAGUUCCCCUCUUAUAAGUUUGAGUCCAGAGGAAAAGAAGAAUGUGCUGGAAUCUCCUUUAAUACAUUUCACAUUUUAGGGAUACACUGAUGUGUCAAAAGUGUGUGUACUAAUAAAAGAUGACUUUAUUUGUUAUAAAGCUAUGAAACAUUAAAAUGUUAUUUAAAAAAAAAAAAAAAUUGAAGUAAAAAUGAAAUAAAU